ACUUGAAGAAAAAUUUUUUAAUAUCAUACUCACUUAUUUGAAUAUAAGAACUAUGCUCAAUGAGCUCAUCAAAACUCAAACACAGCUAAGAAACUAUAAGAAUCAAGUUUUUUAUUACUGUUCAGAAGCAAUAGAAAUUAUUCUUAAGAUUUAUGAGAAUCUCGGGUUAAACGUUGAAGAAAAGAAUAUUCUCACAUUGAUGGAUAAUAUCAAUGAAAAUAUUUUUGAAAUGAAAGAAAGAUUGCAGAAAAUCUGCGAUAAUUUAAAUAUAAAUUAUAAUAAUGACGACAGAGUUUUGUUUUUGAUACUUAAAACUUGUAAGGAAACCGAAAAUUAUUAG